GUUCCUUGCAGGGAAAUGAUGCAGCAUUUUGUUGGGUAAUUUUGAUUUCUCUUUCUGCAGACAUACUGAUUUUCCAACCCAUGUGUAAAAUCCUAGUUUAGGAUGGUGAAAAUUAGGAGAACUGAGUGAUGGUGAUGGGAAAAGGGGUUCUAAUACAACCUUGGAUUUCUCUGAUUGACAAAAUCCCGAUGAAACCAUGGGAACAUCUCAUCCUGAGGGGAGAAUGACUAUAUCCAGSCUCAGAGUCAAAACAGGAACAAAUGGAAAACACAUUGACCAGGAUUAUGUCCAUCUGGAGGAGGAUUGAGGUCCAUUCCAGACUGGGAAGAUUGUGUUACAGCAGCCAGUUUUGCCUUGGGUUAUCAUCCUAAAAUACCUGUGAAGAUUCAACAGGAUAUUGACCUGGAUCUCUCAGAACAGCUCAUGGAGAGGAAAGACCCUCUGACACAGAACAACGUCACUGGAGAGGGAACUGUAGUGUCAGGGAGGGCAUCUGGAAGAUCAAAAUGGGAAUUAAUCACUCCAAACUUCAUUGCUUUGCAUGGCUGAGUUUUAUAUCCAGUUUUUCGCAGCACAGCUCAUGAGCUUUAAAAAAAUAAAGGAAGAACUUUUGUGUAAAAUUCAGUAAAUUAAAAAAAAAGAAAACAAAACAAAACAGACGAAACGCCACGGGCCUGCGGGGAAAAUCUGSAGUUGUGUUUCCGUAAUACGGACUUUUCCCAGAACAGGCAGGCGUGGGUCAGCGGGAAAUCAACACCGCACAUCUGCGAGGGAGAGUGCCCAGCUCCACCCAGCCUUGGCCAUUUUCAUCAUUUGCCAUCGUUUGAAACCUUCCACGAUGAUAACUCACAACCACAGCCUGGCUCUUCCCCAGAGGGAGYUCGGGGUCGCUGGGGCUGCCUGGAGUGGGGAGGAAGGUACAGAUGAGAAGGAUGGAGGGUGGUGGGUGGAGGUCACCUCUUCCCCUCCGCUCUGACUGUGGAGAAGGGUGAAACCAUGAGUUUAUUGGAAAUGAACCUCGUUUCUCCCUUCCAGCAGCAGCUCGAGGCGUGACCCGGUGAGAGCACGGUGGUGUCUCACGGAAAUGACUCAGGUUCUCAGUACUGAGCUGCCCUGAUGGUCUUCAACCAGCGGGACAUUGAUUUAUUGUCCUCAUGAGCCUCGAGUGAYACCGUUUGCUCCUUCCCCAAGUGCUAGUAGCCAUGCAAGGUGACAAGUGGUGAUUGGCUGUGACCACUGCUCGGCCCCGGCAGAGUGACACGCGAUGGCCUCUCCUCAGCCCUUCUCAAAAUGUUUGUGCAGGAGCAGCCAUAAAUCGGGCUCUAUUGACCCAAAGAUGCAAUCCAAGGCGCUCGAGUCUAGGCCUUAUCUGCAUCACCUUAUCAGGAGCGAGGCAGCGAGAUGCACCCCGGGAAGGGAGGGGACUGCGCMGGAGGGAUCGGCCUCGUCCCUUCUGUCCUGGCACGGGGAGGGGACUGCGGGCAGAGCUGGGUAAUGAUUUGUCAUCGCCAGGCCCGGGGUGUCUCUCUUUGCAGAGGAAACCUUGGCCGUGAUUGACAGCGGGGCUGUUUUCGCCGCUUCCCUCGCUGUUGUCAAUAAUGAAGCUUUGUCAGUCCAUCAUGGACAUGGAUAUGCCAGACUACGUCGACUCCUUGGACUCCUCUUACACCAUGCUGGAAUUCGACAAUCUCCGCGUGCUCCCCAAUAACACCGAAACCAUCGGGGCYGAGUCAGUGAACCCCAACCUGCUCCCCAACGGGGUGAGCUCGCUGUGCUCCAUCUGUGGGGACAGAGCCACYGGCAAACAYUACGGAGCCUCCAGYUGYGACGGCUGCAAGGGCUUCUUCCGCAGGAGCGUCCGCAAGAACCACGUCUAUUCCUGCAGGUUCAACCGACAGUGCGUGAUAGACAAAGACAAGAGGAACCAGUGCAGGUACUGCAGGCUGAAGAAAUGCUUCAGAGCCGGCAUGAAGAAAGAAGCCGUGCAGAACGAGCGUGACAGGAUCAGCAUCCGCAGGAGCAGCUAUGAGGACAACGGCUCCCUCUCCAUCAAUGUCCUCACCCAGGCUGAGGCCAUGGCACAGCAGUAUUUAUCGCUGAGCCCCGUGCACAGCGCAGACAUCGCCAUGAAGAAGGUGGCCACCAUCAACGACGUGUGCGAGUCCAUGAAACAGCAGCUCCUGGUGCUGGUGGAGUGGGCAAAAUACAUCCCAGCCUUCUGUGAGCUGCCCCUCGAUGACCAGGUUGCCUUGCUCAGAGCCCACGCAGGGGAACAUCUGCUCCUGGGGGUGGCCAAGAGGUCCAUACCUUACACUGAUUUUCUGCUAUUAGGGAAUGAUUUCAUCAUCCCAAUGCACUGCCCAGAGCUGGAAAUCGCCCGUGUGGCCACCAGAAUUUUGGACGAGUUGGUGAAGCCCUUGCGGGACAUCCAGAUCGACGACAACGAGUACGCCUGCCUCAAAGCCAUCAUCUUCUUCGACCCAGACUGCAAAGGGCUGAGCGAGCCUGGCAAGGUGAAGAACAUGCGUUUCCAGGUACAGGUGAACCUGGAGGAUUACAUCAACGACCGGCAGUACGACUGUCGCGGGCGCUUCAGCGACAUCCUGCUGCUGCUGCCGCCCCUGCAGAGCAUCACCUGGCACAUGAUCGAGCAGGUGCAGUUCGUGAAACUUUUUGGUGUGGCCAGGAUUGACAGCCUGCUGCAGGAGAUGCUGCUGGGAGGAACCACUGCUGAUCUCCAGUACCAGUCAGGACCUCCCAACCUCAACCUGGAGCCGCUGCCAGGGCACGUCCUGCAAAGCAACAUGAGCUCUGUGAUUCACRCUGCUCCAAACCCAUCUCCUGAGGCAUCCCUUCCAUCUCCUUCUGCCAGCACGGGCAGUGAGGAUUACAAACUGGGCUCCAGUGCCGGGCCCAGCACCAUCGUGCAGCUCCUGCCGCAGACAGUGAUCCCAAAACAGGAGAUUUUAUAGGGAGAGGAGAAGCAGGAGCUGGGAGCAACGUGGAGGAGUGAAAGGGGCACUUUCUCUUUGCAGAGGCAGAGCACAGAACCUCCUGCCAAUCCCAUCCCUUCCCAUCCAGGAGCCUUGCCAUGGGAUUCCCACCACCAGGAUUGGGGUUUGUGCCCUCCUCAGUAGGGUCAGGACUGCCAGCCCUUUGGGGCAGAACAUUUCUGGUGCCAUCAGAACAUUU